AUGAUUAGGGGUAAUUUCCACUGUCAAAUCUAUAAAUGUAGUAACGAAUACGUCUCUCCAGGUCGCAUCCUCUAUGACGUGCCCUGCGCUGUCUGCCGCGACCACUCCUCGGGCAAGCACUACGGCGUAUUUGCAUGCGAUGGUUGUGCGGGCUUCUUCAAGCGUUCCGUGCGCCGCGACCGCCGUUAUGCGUGCAAAGCUCGUAGCCCGGGCGCCUGUCUGGUCGACAAGGCGCAUAGGAACCAAUGCCGCGCGUGCAGGCUCUCCAAGUGUCUGGAUGCCGGGAUGAAUAAAGAUGCAGUCCAGCAUGAGCGUGGACCCCGUAACUCCACCAUCCGCCGACAAAUGGCACUCUUCCUCAAAGACCCUGCCAUGCCCUCACCAGACAUCACCAUAACGCCUCCAGCCCUGGACUUAGCAUUACCGAAGCACACCAUGAUGCCGCCUGCGCCUUUGACUCUCUUUCACCCUUACGCGUACAACAGACUUUUGAUGCCUAUAAGCCACUGCUCUCCUAAAGCUCCGUCCCCACCGCCUAUUACACCAUCACUUCUAACGCCAUCAGAACCUGAAACCAUAUGCGAAGCUGCCGCGCGACUCCUAUUCAUGAACGUAAAAUGGGCAAAGAACGUUCCAGCGUUCACGUCUCUAUCCUUACCCGAUAGACUGCUUCUAUUAGAGGAAUCAUGGCGAGAUCUGUUCAUCAUAGGGGCGGCUCAGUUCCUAUACCCUUUAGAUUUAAAAGUGUUAAUGAAUUUCAAGAAUACCGCUGUUGAAAAAGAAGUAGGGGAAUUCGAGAAAGUGUUAGCUGAAGUGGCGAAGCUGCGACCGGAUAGCAAUGAGUUUGCGUGUCUGAGGGCCGUGGCUUUAUUUAGGACAGUGGGUGAGAAGGACGGCCAGGGUUUUAGAAGACUACAGGACUUGCCUGCGGUUGCUGCGUUGCAGGAUCAUUCACAAGUUGUUCUCAAUGAGUACACAUUGAGGACAUACCCGUUAGACACAUCCCGAGCCAGCCAACUCCUUCAACUGCUGCCGAGCAUGCGGCGGGUGCCUAGCGAUGCCAUCGUCGAGCUGUUCUUCAGAGCCACCAUUGGAGACAUUCCUAUAGAGAGGAUAAUCAGCGACAUGUAUAGGACGGGAAAGGAUACCGUGUAGCUUUCUUUUACAAUAAUUGAUGUAUGACUCAGAAUGAUGAGCAAUUCUAAUGCAACUACAGUAGCAUCAGUGGCGGAUUUGCAGUGUUGGCCGCCCUAGGUCCCUAGGCCCUGUAGUGAGUACUAGCCGUCCCUUUCUCAACAUCCAUCGUAUAAGUAGGCUACCGCCCCUAAUAUCUAGCCGCUCUAGGUUUGGGCCUACUGGGCCUUAGAACAAAUCUGCCACUGCAGGAGCAUCUUUGAUUUGUAUCGGGGAAAUCUCCAUAGACAUGGUUAUUCAUCAUGAUCAUGGUUUUUAUCCGCUAUGGUGCUGAAUAGUAGUGCCACAAUUUUUAUCAGAAUUCAGAAAUAUACGAAAUAUUGUGUCAAAUAAUAUAAUCGUCGCUAAUCAAUCGCUAAUAAUGAUUUUAUGAGUAAAUGAAAAUAAUACAUAUUUGAAUGUGUUGUACAUUUUCGAAAGUCAGAUUAGAAAAUUAGGGAGUUGUUGGUGCUAAUACUAUAAUUUUUAAAACUUCUUAAGUUAAAAUUGCAUAUAAGCAGUUAUUAUAGUUGUCAAAGCUAUGAAAAGCUUUAUAACGAUGAAAGAUUUACACAGCAUCCAGUGAAAAAAGUACUAGGACUUCAUACCCAACUAGGAGCGAUUUCAAAUACUGAAACAGAUGAGAAGAACAAUCCCAAAUGUAGGAAUAAAUAGAAGCUAAUUAAAUUAACUGACGGCAGCAACUAUGAAUAAGUUAUGGAGUAGCUUUCAUACUCAAAAUUAGAAAAUCGUUUGGCUUUGAGGUUAUGUUGAAUGGCCGCUGAAAUAUCAAUAACUACGUAGGUACUUUAAGAAAUUUGUUAGACUUUUAGACCUGAGUUCAUAAAUUUACUUAUUUUGUAUCGAUUUCAAUUAAAGUUGUAGUCAAUAUUACGACCAAACAAAUCAAAACAGCAAACAGAAACUAUUCCUUACCUCAAUAUUUCGUCCUCAAAUACGCCAUCUAUUAGAUUUUACAGACAAUACGAACUAGUCUAGGAGUCAGGAACAGUUUCCUAGACUACAUUCAGGCAAUAUUAAUUAGUCGAAAUAUCAAUCCAAUUCAAUUUAUCAGCACGUCACUUCCCAACAAGUUAAAUUUCGCGCAACAGACCACCUGUUGAGUCAUACCAUACCUAAUAUACCUAUAUCCUACAGCGUUCUGUACCCCUAGUGUAAAUUUGAUCGACAUCAUAACGUGACGAACGCGUUUGCGUUAAGUCUCAUUUUGUAUAGGAUUUUGAGUUUCCAAAACGUCCCGCUUGGCGCGCUCUUUCUAAACCCAAUACAAAAUGAGACUAAACGCAAACGCGUACGUCACGUUUCGAAAUCGAAUUUAUUUACACUAGGGGUACUGAAGUCCUAGUAUUUGCCGACUCUCGUUGCUUGGAUCGGCUAUAUAAAUAUAACUUUUAAUAUGUAUGUAUCUUAUAAAAUAAAGUGCCUAUAUAAAGAAAAUCACACGUGUAUUUACAUAAACGUACCUACAAUUUUUCGUUUGAUACCAAGUUACUGAUUUUUCAGUAUCCUAUAAAAUCGCUAAUGCUAUUUAUUUACUGAUUCAAAAAAGGUUUACAUUAAAUUAUGAACAUUAAAUUAAGACUUGUUUAUGAUUUAAAAGUUACUUUCAUUUAUAAGAAGAAAUCUUGGUAAAAAGUGGUAUAUCGUAUUAAAUAACUUAUGGCGUAUUUAGCGUUCAUCACAUGGAACUCUAUAUGUUAUUGGGUUCAUUUGACAAGAAGGCUAAAAAGUAAUGCUUCACGAUAGAAAAUAAAUUACACUGAUCGACCUAGCCCCCAACUAGGUAAAGCUUUGAACAAUGCCGGAUUUAGAGGUCUGGAGGCCUCGGGCAAUAAACGAGUGGAGGCCCCCUGGCCCCAAAUUAUUUUCCAAAUAAAAUGGUAAAUUUUCCGAUGUCUCUAUUGUGGAGCCCCGGGGCUGUAGCCCCGGUUUCCCUCCCCUAAAUCCGGCCCUGGCUUUGAAAGCAAACCUACAUAUAAUAGUUACUUAAGUAUUUGAUUUACAUCGCGGGCAAAGUUGUUGCUUUAGUAUUGAUAACCGAGUGAGCGAAAGAUUUCGAAAUUCAACCACGAGCUUAACAAGUGAUUCUAAACGUGGAAUCUUGAACAUAGCGAGACUUUCAAGGCACUAAGGUUAAACAAACUUUGCUACCGAGUGAAACACAAAGUUUUUCACCACACAAACGCGAGAAUACUAACCGUGAAACAUAUGAAUCAAAUUUUGAACGCAAAUAUUAUUCAGCGCUACCAUAAGGAAACAACUCAUGUAUAAAAAUAUUUUUCCACUCUUGUGGAUAAAAUGCAUAUUUCUCAUCAGCUUUUGACGAUAAAGAGAGCCUUUACUAGCUGGUCUGGUGAUUUUAUCAGUAUCUUAUAUGAAGGUUUAGUGACAUCCUAUGUCCUUCCCCGGGCCUCAUAUUAUCUCUAUAACAAAUUUCAUCUUAAUCAGUUCAGCGGUUUGACAGACAGAAAAAGAUACAUUCGAAUUUUUAAUAUUAGUAGGUAUUUAAAUGACUACUUAUUAGAUAUG